UAUUGGCAGCGCCGAGGCGGGAACCUUGAGCCUCUCUGUCGUUGAGGGAGUGCUGUCUUCCCCGUUUUCUCCUGGCUGGUGGCGCAGCUUCCUUCGGAUCCUCUCUGGUUAAUACUGCUGAACAUGAGACGAUCGGCAGCACCAAGUCAGUUGCAAGGGAAUCCCUUCAAAAAGCCAAAAUUUAUACCGCCAGCAAGAAGUAAUGCAAGUCCUAAUGAAGAGGUUACAAAGCUGAAUUCAGAUAUAAAAUUAUUUAAGGUUGCUGCAAAUAAGAAUACUUUUCUGCAGUCACAAAAUGAUCCCAGAAUAUGCAGUUUUAAUCUGCCUACUGAAGAAAGUUCUAGAGGAAUUAAUCAUGAGGAUAAUAACAGGGAAAAAUAUUGUUUGGAAGCAUCUGCAAAGACAACAACAUCAGACCCACAUCAUACAGUUCAUUUAGCCCCUAAAGAAAUAACAGUGUCUAAGGGACAAGAAGAGGAACCUGAUAGCCUGGUUAAAUAUUUCAGUGUUGUUUGGUGUAAGCCUUCAAAGAAAAAACACAAAAAGUGGGAAGGUGAUGCUGUUCUUAUUGUAAAAGGAAAGUCAUUUACAUUAAAGGAUUUGGAAGGCAAAGACAUUGGAAGAGGCAUUGGAUAUAAAUUCAAAGAGCUUGAAAAGAUUGAAGAGGGCCAAACAAUGAUGAUUGGUGGAAAAGAAAUAGAAGUCAUGGGUAUAAUCUCUCCAGAUGAUUUCAACAGUGGCAGAUGUUUUCAGCUUGGAGGAGGAAGUUCUUCUGCCUUACCUUCUUCUCAAGCUGUCAAGAAGUGUUUCUCUAACCCGUUCAAAAGUGUCUGUAAACUAAGUUCAAAGGAAAAUAGACAGAACAGUUUCCAAAAUUGCAAACCACGCCAUGACCCAUAUGCACCAAAUUCCCUUACUAUGCUCCGGCCAGAUAAUAAUCACCAGUGGAUGUUCAAUAAGAACUGUUUUCCUGUUGUGGAUGUAGUGAUAGAUCCUCACCUUGUAUUUCACCUUCGACCACAUCAGAAAGAAGGGAUCAUAUUCCUUUAUGAAUGUGUGAUGGGAAUGAGGGUGAAUGGCAGAUGUGGAGCUAUUCUUGCUGAUGAAAUGGGUUUAGGGAAAACAUUGCAAUGUAUUUCGCUCAUCUGGACUCUACAGUGUCAGGGACCCUAUGGUGGCAAGCCAGUAAUAAAGAAGACACUUGUUGUCUCACCUGGAAGCUUGGUGAAUAAUUGGAGGAAAGAAUUUCAAAAAUGGCUAGGAAGUGAAAGGAUCAAGAUAUUUACUGUUGAUCAGGACCACAAAGUAGAAGAAUUCACCAAAUCUUCAUUUUAUUCUGUUCUUAUCAUCAGUUAUGAAAUGUUACUUCGUUCCCUGGAUCAAAUUAAGAGUAUAAAAUUUGAUCUUCUAAUUUGUGAUGAAGGGCAUCGUUUGAAGAACAGAACCAUUAAGACAGCUACAGCCCUCAUUAACCUCUCCUGUGAGAAAAGGAUAAUUCUGACUGGUACUCCAGUUCAGAAUGAUCUCCAAGAAUUUUUUGCAUUAAUUGAUUUUGUAAAUCCAGGAAUAUUAGGCUCUUUGCCAUCUUAUAGAAAAAUAUAUGAAGAACCCAUCAUUAAAUCGAGACAACCUUCUGCUUCGGAGGAAGAAAAGGAGUUAGGAGAGAGAAGAGCAGCUGAACUUACUUGCCUCACUGGGCUCUUUGUCCUUAGAAGAACCCAAGAAGUCAUAAAUAAAUAUCUCCCACCUAAGAUAGAGAAUGUAGUCUUUUGCCGACCAGGAGCCCUACAGAUUGAACUUUAUCGAAAACUGUUGAAUUCUCAGGCUGUCAGAUUCUGUCUUCAAGGAUUGUUGGAAAAUAGUUCUCAUCUAAUAUGUAUCGGAGCUCUUAAAAAACUGUGCAAUCACCCCUGCCUUUUGUUCAGCUCAGUAAAGGAAAAAGAAUGCAGCUCAACUUGGGAUGAGAAUGAAGAAAGGAAUCUAUAUGAAGGCUUGAUAAAUGUGUUUCCUGCUGAUUACAACCCGCUCAUGUUUACUGAGGAAGAGUCAGGAAAACUACAGGUGCUGUCAAAGCUCUUAGCUGUUAUCCACGAACUUUGUCCUGAUGAAAAGGUGGUGUUGGUAUCCAACUAUACACAAACCUUGAAUAUUUUACAAGAAGUAUGCAAGCGUCAUGGAUAUGCUUAUACAAGACUUGAUGGACAGACACAGAUCUCUCAAAGGCAACAAAUUGUUGAUGGCUUUAAUAGUAAAUACUCUUCUGAUUUUAUUUUUCUGUUAAGUUCAAAAGCUGGUGGUGUGGGACUUAACCUUAUUGGAGGAUCUCACUUAAUUCUCUAUGACAUUGAUUGGAAUCCAGCCACUGAUAUCCAGGCAAUGUCUAGAGUGUGGAGAGAUGGUCAGAAACAUCCUGUACAUAUUUACAGACUCUUAACCACAGGUACAAUAGAAGAAAAGAUCUAUCAAAGGCAAAUCAGUAAGCAAGGUCUCUCUGGGGCAGUUGUAGACCUAACCAAGACAUGUGAUCACAUUCAGUUUUCAGUAGAAGAACUUAAAAAUUUGUUCACAUUACAUGAAAGUUCACAUUGUGUUACUCAUGACCUGCUUGACUGUGAAUGUACAGGAGAAAAUCAUACAGGUGAUUCAUUGGAAAAAUUCCCUGUCUUUAGAAAUUGUCAGCUUGGUACACAUCAACAGAAGUCUGACUCCCUGAAACCUGUCUCCAUGUCACAGCUGAAGCAAUGGAAACAUUUUUCUGGAGAUCAUUUAAAUCUUACAGAUCCUUUUCUUGAAAGAAUAAGAGAAAAUGUGUCAUUCUUUUUUCAGAAUAUAACCAAUCAAACUACUGCUAUAUAACCCCCUUUAAAAAAUUAAUCUAAAUUUCAGAAGAGAGGCUGAGUUUGCUGAGGGAGUCCACGUGACAUGGGACAAAGGCAGCGUGCAUGACACAGGAGCCCAGAGGCUGAGAAGCACAGUGCCCGGCCCUUGGGAAUCGAGGAAGCCUUUGGGACAAACUCUCACAGACUGGAGGUUUGCGGGGGUUCAAACUCAUUGAACGCAGGUGGUAAAGAGUACGUGUUAGCAUCUGGGUUACACAUACAAAGCACCUCUUCUGUGGUAGAUACUCAAUUUAUAAAAAAUUCUUUUGUCCAUCAUCUACUCCUAGUCCGUACCUCUGCUGUGUAGCAUUUAACAUAGUUUGUAACUGUUUAUUUACCUUUCUCCCUCUCAUGCUAAGCUGAAUUCUUUGAGGACAGGGAUUUUAUCUUAUUCAUCCUAGUAUCUCAGUACCUUGUAUAGUCCCUGGUACAAGACAGCUACUUUUAAGUAAGAAAUGAAUGAAUGAAUGAAUGAAUGAAUACUUCAUUGUUUUUCCCCCUUAGCCGCCAUGAUCGGCUUCCUUGCUCAGAGAUCUCAGUUCCAGGGUAUUUUUUAAAGCCAAUUUCUGAGCAUGGAUCUGUGCUUGACACUGAAGAAGGCAGAGCCAGUGAUUUUUUUUUCCCUUCUGGCAGCAUAGAGAUUUCCCUUUUUGAUUCCAUGAUUUCCAUCAAUCUGCUACACGAGCUGACAAAAGCUGUCA